AUGUAUGUUCAUGAGGAAAGGCCAAUGUUGGACUACUCAUAUCCACUCAACCCUCUGACCAAUAACUAUGGCUUCUAUCCACAAGAAUGGAAGGACUCAAUUUGCCGGACUCAAGCUCGGGACAGUGGCAUGAUUAGCCAUGGCGAGGCAGAAUUGACCUCGCUUCCGGUACAUGUGGCGCUUGAAGGACGUGAGCUAUGGGACAAAUUCAGCAAUAUUGGUACAGAGAUGCUUAUCACCAAAACGGGCAGGCGCAUGUUUCCCAGCUGCAAAGUCACAGUGACUGGGCUAAACCCUAAAGUCAAGUACGUGGUGAUGAUGGACAUGGUGCCGUUUGAUAAUAACAAGUACAAGUGGAACAGGGACCACUGGGAGCUGAGCGGUAAAUCUGAACCUCACCUGUCCAGCCGCUUCUUCAUCCACCCUGACUCCCCGGCUCUGGGCGAGAGGUGGAUGCAGUACCCUAUCUCCUUCCACAAGCUCAAACUCACCAACAACACACUCAACUCCAACGGCCUGGUGAUCCUACAUUCCAUGCACAAGUAUCAGCCUCGUCUACACAUAGUCCAGGCUCCUGACCCUUGCAGAGCCCAGCCCGGAGCCUACCUGCGAUUCACCUUCCCAGAAGCAGCUUUCAUAGCAGUCACGGCCUACCAGAACCACGAGAUCACAAAGCUGAAGAUUGACAAUAACCCCUUCGCCAAAGGCUUUCGUGACAAUGGACUAAACAGGAAAAGGUUCAGAGACAAGGAUGUCCAGGGUAAACAAGGAUCUGGACAGCAACAGAGCAAGACACAAAGCCAUCAAGGGCCUUCCGACAGUGAUGAGGAAGCAGAUGAAACGGUCUCCAGCUCAGUGGAAUCCCACGUGUUACACUCACCUGACAUGAAAGCUCCACCCACGGCCACCUCCAACCCUUUCAUAUCAGCCUUUAUGAAUGGAGGUGCUGGACAGCAGGUCUGGACCCAGAGCCCAACAUCCCAUCAACCUCAGCACACGCUCAACAGCAAUAACAGAGACUCCAGCAGGCCUGAUGCAGCCAGACUCUCCAGUCUCCAGUACAUUUGUGCCUCUUUACCAGCAGCUCAUAUCACCCAAUCCCAGUCACCCAUCACAGAACUGAAUUUGCCUGGACUUCCAGGCCAGGGUGGCCGUACACUGGUGGCGCCCCAACAGCAGCAGGACAUUCAAGGAAUCCACAGCCCAGCGGCCCACCAGGCUUACCCCAUCCAGGCCAAACUCCACCAGCCCCAUCUACAGUUACAGCCUCACCCUCACCCUCAGCCUGACAUGGACCAAUCCCUCCCUCUACCCCCCAAGCUGAGCAGAGUGAAUCUGCCUGAAAAUGCCCUAAGGAGCCUGGAAAUGGGCUCGGUCUUGGACCACCUCAACCCAUGGCCACUGUCUAACAUCCUGAACCGGAUCCAUGCACGGGCUGAGGCCUCUGGAAACGCAGGCAAGGCUGUGCAAGGUCAGCCCCAACAUGAACAACUGCCCUUGGUGUUGGAGAGGGACACAAGACCUCCAUUUUUCCCAGCUGCCCAGGACUGUGGUACAACACCAUAUGCCAAUCAAUGCAGCGGACCAUCAGAGUGGUAAGGUUUCCACGGGGACACGAGUGAGAGACAGUUCCGCCGACCCCUGGAUCAGUGCCGGUUUUGCAGCUGGAGUAUCCAAGGGCAAGUUUUUUUUGUUUUGUUUUUUUUAUGUAGUCGGUAAGUUACAAGGACUGAGAGAAAGUUUGGUCCUGUGUGCCGUAUGAGCUGUGAAUACAAUAUGGAUGUAAUUUUCUUGAAAUGUCAAUAUUUGUGUUUUUUUUAUCCAUUUUUUAUUCUUAGGACAUAUUUUAUGCUCUGGCUAUAUAUCAAUCAAGUCAGUUGAAACUUCUCAUGAAGCCAGCUACCUUAGCAUGAGAGCUUCCUCAUCUAGGCUUGAGAGCCACAACAUUGUAUGUCCAUUUUACUGUCUUGGCUGUAAAUAUGUCUCUAUGUUCUACUAGUAUAGGCAAAAAAAACCAAAAACAAAGACACUGACGUACUUUGCUCUGCUUUAAGCUUUAGCUCAGCUAUAGCCGCUUUUCUCGCAUCUCCGGCAGGAAACGUUUUUUUCAAAAGUAAAUAGUUUAUUGUAAAACGUCUCUCAACAUUCGACUUUUUACGAGGCAGAAGUCAGCAUGUCAUUUGCCAGAAUAUAACUGACUACAGCUUUGUGACGUUUUAGUGUUUAACAGUUUCUUGUUGCAGAUUAAACAUAUCAGGAAACCAGGUGGAGUGAUAAGUGCAAAUAAGUCAAUUUGUUUCCAAAUGAUCAGUGUUCGUCUUAUCUUUGUCUUUGUCUUUUCCUUAGCUACUAGCUAGGCAAGAUUGUUGUCCGAGUUGAUAUGGUGACCGGCAGUCUAUGCACCAAUAUUCAGGGUUAAAGCGUGAAUUAGCAGUUAUAGGCUACUUUAAAUCCAGCAUUUAAGACCACUUCUUGUUAAGCCUGUGUCAGAAUGAUCAGCUUUAUUUUACUGCAAAGGAGGAUUAUUUCAUUUUCACCUGAAAACCUUAUUCUGUGGUUGUGCCGCAACAGGGCAGUAAAAGAGCCGCAUGUUGGUGAUACCUGGUCUAGAUCUUUGGAUUUUCAAUGGUGAUUCAUCAUUGGCAACUUAGUCUGAGACUAGAUCUAAUCCAAGACUAUCAAACUGGCCUGUAGACUUUGUAACAUU